AUUUUUUGGGGUUUUUUUUCUUUGUUUCAAAUGGAUGAACAAACCCUCGGCUGCAAAGCCGGAUAAAUGCAGUGCCGCCCCUUUAAAAGAGCGGAGCUGUUUUUGAGAUGUAUUACUAUAUUAGGUGACAUGGAACUUUGCAUCUCUCAUACCAUCACCGCAAUGUUGGCCAAUAGAAAGCUAAAGUCACCCAAAAACUGCCUAGUCCCUCCUUCCCUCGCCUUAUGGUCCGCUCCUACCUGGCGGCAGUGCACAAGCCAGGGCUACUGUCGGGAAUGCUAUGUGCCCCCUCCGGGAGCCCACGCUCCACCGCUGCUCCACCUUGGCCGCUCCCCACCUCCUUUUCCAUGACCCUGGGCUGCGGCCGCUGCCCCGCUGUCCUCCGCAAUGUUCCCUAGCCCUGUGACGACCACCCCGUUCUCGGUGAAGGACAUUCUGAACCUGGAGCAGCAGCAGCAGCAGCAGCACGGCGGCCUGGGCUCCAUGGAGCUGGCCUCGCUGGCCUCCCCGUCCUGCAUGCUGGCCACCUUCAAGCAGGAGGCGUUCGGCGCCGAGCCCCCGGCCCUGCCCGACCUGCGGGACGAGCUGCCCGAGCCGCCCCCCGGCAAAACCGCGGCCGCUUUCCCCGGCUCCUUCUACGUGAAAAGCUACGUGGAGAUGGACUCGGCCAAGGAGGCCAAGGCAGACAAGAAAGAGCUGUGUUCCCUACACAAGAGCCUGGAGCAGGAGAAAAGAGACCUGGAAGAUCCCGAGCGCCCCAGACAGAGGAAAAGGAGGAAACCUCGCGUCCUCUUUUCCCAAGCCCAAGUGUACGAACUGGAGAGGAGGUUCAAGCAGCAGAAAUACCUCUCGGCCCCCGAGAGGGACCACCUAGCGAACGUCCUAAAGCUCACCUCCACCCAGGUGAAAAUUUGGUUCCAGAAUCGAAGGUACAAAUGCAAAAGGCAGAGACAGGACCAGACGCUGGAGAUGGUGGGGAUCCCUCCCCCGCGGCGCAUCGCCGUGCCGGUGCUGGUGCGCGAUGGGAAGCCCUGCUUGGGGGAGUCUUCCCCCUACAGUUCGCCCUACAAUGUCAGCAUUAACCCCUACAGCUACAACGCUUACCCCGCGUACAGCAACUACAACAGCCCCGCCUGCAACGCCAACUACAACUGCAGCUACCCCUCCAUGCAGCCCAUGCAGCCCUCGGCGCCCGCCAACAACUUCAUGAACUUCAGCGUGGGGGACUUGAAUCCGGUGCAAACGCCCAUCCCGCAGGGCAACGCGGGCAUCUCCACCUUGCACGGGAUCCGAGCGUGGUAGAGCCGCCCCGCGCCCGCCAGCAGGGCUGGGGACAUUGCCGGGCUGGGGACAUUGCCGGGCUCGGGACAUUGCCGGGCUGCGGGGCUGGGGACGGGGCAGCGGAGCAUCCCGGCGGAGCUCACCAGCGGGGUGGCACGGACGGGCCGGCUUUGUGUGUUUCUUGCGGAGCCAGGCAAGCACCGGCGGGGGACGCCCGCAUUUCCCGGCCCCUCUCGCUCCCUUCCACCCGUGUCAUCACCCUGAUAAUUCCCCUCCUUCCUCCCUACAAAGCAGCCGGUCAUUUCGCAUGACUUGUUCCCAACAACACCCGGCCGAGCCCUGCAACUCUCUCUCUUUUUUUUUUUUUUUAAACUUUUACUCUAUACUAAUUAUUAUUGACAUCCACAUUUAAUUUUUGCACUUCCCGUACGGUCCCCGCUGUUCGCUCAGUUCGGCAUCUCGGCACCCCCAGGUGUCCCUUGCGAGGCUGCUACUGCCGGCCUGGGCAGGGAUGAGGACAGACAGACAGACUCCCGAGGGACACAGACACUCCGGCCCGCCAGGUCCCGUAGGGUUCUGCACUAAAACCUGAGUUAGCGUGGAAAUGCACUGUCUGCCCCUUCGUACGUGUUGCCCUUUGCUGUACAAGCUGACGGAGCUCAGCGAGUUGUCAUUAAAGAGAGUGGCUGAACCUCGGCGUCCCUGGCGUUCUUGAG